UUUUUUUGGGCUGCUCACGCUAUCAACUCCCCAAAUAAAUUCCAAGGCUAAAUUCUCGCUCUUCCACUGCGCGCAAAAAUCGUCGAUUCCAAAGGGGGGGGAAAAAGGGCGCGAACUCGCCCUUGACAAAAUGACGGUGGCCGGAGACGCCGGUUCGCCGGCGGCGAGCUCGUGCCUCGGCUGCGCGAAGGCGGAGUCGAAGAUCCGAGCUCUGUUGGAUUACAUCUCCAACACUUUCUCAAAGAACCCUUCGAGCAUCCUAGGGUUUGAGGUUCCGAAGUCGGAGGCCUUCGACUGCUCUGAUCUCUUCCACCGCUGGCUUCAGAUUUUCGAUAAGAAGAACAAGUCUCCGGUUUGUCCUGAUCUCAAGAAGAGGAUCGAGGCGCUCGUAUUUAGGCUUCUGAUGGAGGAGAAGGAGAGGCUGGGGUGCAGGAAAAGGAAGUUUGACGAGGGUUUAGUUGAGAUUUUGAGGUUGGUGAGGGGUGUUGCUGUGAACCCUGGCAACGGAGCGGAUGGGGAGUGGAAAGAUAAGAUUUUGAGAGCUCGGAUGGCGACGUUUCUGAGGGCGGCUGAUGUUACUAACGCGAAGGAGGUUCCGUAUCUGAAAAAGCAAAGGAGCCAUAAGUUUCUAAGUGCCAAAAAUGGUGGCUCAGAUAACUGCAGUGCGCUAAAUAGACGAAAAUCUCCAAGGACAUUGCUGAAAUUAGGCAACGGGGAACUUCCCAGAAAACGUAUUCCCGUUGGCCCCACCUUUCAGGCUGAUGUACCUGACUGGAGAGAGUCAGCAAAUAAGAAAAAUAUAUCUGAUGAGCGAGAUGAUUCUAAGUGGUUAGGUACACAAAUUUGGCCAAUAGAAGGGGAGAACAGACAAAUCAGCGAGGAAAUGAUUGGGAAAGGAAAGGAAUACUCGUGUGAUUGCACCUCUCGAGGAUCUUUCGGGUGCAUAAGAUUUCAUGUAAAGACAGCGAGGCUUCACCUUAAAUCUGACUUGGGUCCUGCUUUCUUUGGUUUGGGAUUUUCUGAGAUAGGCGAGGAAGAAAUUUCCAAGUCGUGGACCCAAGAAGAACAGAUGAAGUUUGAUGAGCUUGUGAGACAGAAUCCUACAUCGGAGGGCAAGAGCUUCUGGGAGCCUGCUUUGGAGUAUUUCACAACCAAGAGCAGGAAAGAUAUUGUCAGUUAUUACUUCAAUGUAUGCCUUCUCAGAUGGAUGGGCAUCCGUACCAGAUCGGGAGCCCAGAUAGUUGAUUACAGUGAUGAUGAGAGCUUUGGGUGGGAUUGAACAAAAGAGCAAGCUACAUUUGAAAAAUAAAGUGUAACAAGGAAUCAAUGAAUAUGUGCAUAUAUUGGCUGCUAGCAUGUUUACCAGUUACCAUUUCUCACGGCAUGAAGCCAGCGUUAACAA